UCGAGGGAUUACAGGCUCUCAGCUCCUCUGCCUGCAGCCUUGAAGGGCAGACACGCUCCCAGUUUGCACAACAUGGUUCCUCAGCAAGGACAGAGGAGCCUCAGACAGUAAGGAAAGCUGGAGGAACUCUACUCUCUGAUUUCUACAGGAUGAAACGCAGAGGAUUUCAUAGAAGAUGACAUAGACUGCGUUAGAGGUCCUCUCUCUGCAUGGUAGGGCUUCUACCUUUAUUACCAUAAUACAUAUAUGGAACAGGUGGGAUUAUGUUUUUAUGUUUUGCUAAACAUUAGUUUCUGAAACUUUAUAUAAAGUGUGAUCUUUAUAGAAAAAGUAGUAAAUAAUGUGUUUAUUUUGACAAUAUUGUAAUAGGGUACACAACUUGUCAGCAGAUAUUAUUGUCUUCCAGGUUCCAUCGUUCCCUUUGAUGAAAUUUAAUGUGCAAAAUUCUCUGGUGAAUUUCGGGUGAUGGCACUGCAGAAAUCAUUCCCAGUCUCACAAUAGUUAUAUGCUCCAAUCUCCCUGCAUUCCCAUGUCUAUACAAUCACACACACGUGCUGAAAAAAAAGCCCUUUCUAGUGUCCUCUCCACUUGAUUGUCAAAUAAUAUAUUGAUAGAAAUGGUUAAAGCAACAUAUAAAAAGAAGAAAAAUUUAAAUUAAAAGGAGUAUAAAAGUAUUAAAUCAGUUUUUCUCCAAUGAAUUAAAGUUUGAAGUUUCUUUUCUUUUGCACCAGAGAGAAGUCUGAACUAUCAUUUGAUAUCACAACACAACAAACUAAAUGUUUGUUGUCAUGUUUAAGAGUUAAGUACACAACAAUCGAUGUUUAAAAGGGAAAAACAGUCAAAGCACAAGCCACACUCGUUUAUUUGUUUGUAAAGUAACUAUAAUUAUUCUCAACAACACUCUCAUUUCAAAAUAAUUGAGAUCCGAAACAGAUUUUAUUGGCUAAAUCCUUGUUUUUUUAGCACAUGGUUUAAAAAACAAAAACAAAAAAAAGUUGAUUAAAACAAUCAUUUUUAAAAACGUUAUAACUCUGAAACUUUCUUUUAUUCUCUCCUGACUGAUUUUCACUAAGGCACCAUGGGAAACAUUCUGCAGUGCUGUCAAACGCUUUCAAACUAUUUUAAGUGGCAGGACGUGUCGGCUCAGCGCGGGGGAGAGCAGUCCAAUCUUUUAUCCAGCGAUGAGACUGAAAGUGAGUCACCGAGCGAUUCACACACUUUGGAGGACGACCUGUUAACCGUGUCUAUCGGCAUAACAAACCCCGCCCUCGAACCGGAGCACUUCCUGUUUCCUGACAUCAUUCUAAGCAGCAACCCUGCAGGAGAAGUUACUUUGGCAGAGCCUAUGGUUUGUUUAUUGGUAUCUGAGGAAGAGGAUGGGCUGAGGUUGAUGGAGCCAGAAUAUGAGAAGGGUGAAGGGGAAAGAAGAGGCUUCUCUGACAUUGAGACUCAUGUUGGUAUGGGAGUCCAGACUGAGACCAAAUCCCAGGCGGAGGUCCAGACUCAGACAGAGAUGCUCAGGUCGGAUGAGACUGAGGAGGAGAAAGAUGAAGCUCAAAACAGAACAAAAUCAUCUCAAGAAAUACGCACUACAAUAAAAACUGAACAAAAGCUAGAAGAGGAUCUGAGAAAAAGAAAAAACACAGUUUUCCCUGUCCGAUGCGAUGACCCCAAACUCCAGAUGAGAGAUCUGAACAGUAGCUUUAAUCAUCAGUCUGUGGAGGCAGCAGAACCCUCCACCUCACAUCAAUGUUUUCUGGAGGGAGGUGAUGAGGAGGGAUCAGGGAUGAAGCAGGGGCCCCUGCUUUUUCUUGAUAGGUUGUUUUCAGCAGCGGCACAUGGAAGAGUUCGGGCUGCAGAAAGCUGUAACGAUGACCCACUAGAGGCAUGUCAUGAGGAGAAAAGGAACAAUUCAACCCUUCAAGAUAUACAGGAUCUCCAAGACACCGAAUUUACCUGUAGAAUUCAGGCACCUGGAACCGAAACCUUUGACCUCCAGGUGUCAGCACAAAUGUUGGUGUCUGACCUACAGCAAGUUCUAAUGGAUCAUGAGUUCACCUGCCAUCGCACGUGCUUCUCCCUUCAGCUGGAGGGAACCACCCUGGACUGCCGGGCGGAGCUGCGCUCCAUCCCGGGAAUUCAGGACGGAGCGCUCAUUAAGGAGGUGGAGGAUUCCUACUCCAUCCGUGAGGCUCGUCUUCAUCUCCGACACGUGAGUGAUCUCCUGAGGAGCCUCGGUCCUGCAGACGCUUUCAACGGUGUGAACGGCAGUUCGCUGUCUUACCUGUCCUGGUAUACCAUACGUGAAAGAGAAAAAAUGGCCACAAAGCAAGACUCUGCUGACUGCAGUCCUCCAGACUACAUCCUUCCUGGAUGUAGGGAGCCUCCUGUAACUCCACUGCAGCCAGUCAGAGAUGACUGGAAGCCUUUGCAAUGCCUGCGGGUGUUGAGUCUGAGCGGCUGGAACCCUCCUCCAGGAAACAGGAGGAUGCACGGUGACUUAAUGUACAUUAACGUCCUGACGCUGGAAGACAAGGAGCUCAACAUCACAUCGUCAACACGAGGGUUCUACUGCAACCAGUCGACUGCGUUCAUCUUCAACCCUAAGCCGUCUAUUCCCCAAAUCCUUUGUCAUUCUCUAGUCGAGCUGUUGAAUCGAGUCAGCCCGGCAUUCAAGAAAAACUUCAGCGCUCUGCAGAAAAGGAGAGCUCAGCAACAUCUUUAUGAGCGUGUGGCGGCACCUUUCCAAAUUUUCACCUGGAUCGCUCCUCAUGGUGACUACAAGCUGGACUGUGUGCGAGCGGGAGAGUCUCCCAGCAGUCACAUGGGGCAGGAUGAACUCACGGCUGGGCAGAGUCGGGACUGGAACGAAGAACUGCAGGGAUGCCGGGAACUCCCCAGGGGGUCCCUACAGGAACGACUGCACAGGGAGCGUAGCAUUUUUAAGACAAACAGUGACUUUGUUGCUGCUGCAACACAGGGUGCUAUAGCCGUGAUAGAUGGCAACGUCAUGCCAUUAAACCCAAGGGAGCCGCCUCAUCUGCAGAUGUUCGUGUGGAACAACCUCUUCUUUAGUCAGGGGUUUGACCUGUUUGAUCACUACCAACCGCUAGGAGGCGACAUGGCUGCUCAUGCUGCUGCCCUGUGUGACCUAAGGGGAGUGCAGGCGUACACAUCUGUUGACACAGAGGGGCUCCACACUCUCGGGACAGCUGUGGUGGAUUACCGGGGUGUCCGUGUUGUAGUGCAGACUGUCAUUCCUGGCAUUCUGGAGAAAAACCACGAACAGAUAGUCUAUGGUUCCAACGACAAUGGGAAAACAGUUUUCACACACCCCAGGUUUCUGGAGCUUCUGAGUAAAACCAGUAAAGCGCUGAGAAUCCAGCAUCACCAAGUGUUGGAUCACAACAACACACCAGCAGAGCUUUGCUCAGGCAUCUCCACUGUUGGCCUCUUUGGUAAUGACAGGCGUUCUUACAUAUUAGACCUUCUGAGGACUUUCCCACCAGAUCUGAACUUCCAGUUUUCUGAGGGUGAGGUGACUACAGAGGAGCUGCCACAUGUGUGUAAAAGCUUUGGUUAUCCGUGCCGUCAUCGUCACAGCCUGGCCAGCCUGAGAUCAGAACUGAUAGAAGCCUUCGUCCGGCAUAGGUAUGAGCUAUUUGUGAAGAUAAUGUCUCAGGAACUGAGGGAACUGGAAAAACUGGACAACGCCACGGAGAGGAGCGCAGGAGCUGUCGAACAGCAGAGGAGAACGGCUUUCUCGAGAGCUUGUAAAGCCGUUGGAUCAGUGAGCGAGUCCUGCUUCGACAUGCGUUUUAAUCCCAACGUUUGUUCUCCAGGUGUAAGGUUUCCCUCCGACUGUGUUGAGGAGCUUCACAGUCACAGGCGGCUGUUGUGGAGCGCUGCAGCUUUUCUUCUCUCUGACCAGAUUCCAGCAGUGCUGAGGGAUUGUCUCGACCACACAGCAAAUCCAAUGGAUGGAGCGAGCCUGACCUCAAUUCUGCAUCAGCGAGGGGUAAACGUGCGAUAUUUGGGCUCAGUUUUAAUGAAACUGGACAUGAUGGAGGAGAAAGCGAGGCUCAAACAUGUGCAGAGAAUCUCCAUCAGUGAAGUGAUUAUCAGAAGUGCUAAACAUAUCUUUAGGACCUACCUACAGGACGUGAAACCUGCUGAUUUCUCCGUGGCGGUCAGUCACUUCCUCAACUGCUUGCUGACCUCCUCCUGCUCCGGUUUGUCCGACAGCAGCUCCAAUGAGCUGCUCUCUCAUCGCAGGAGCCGCCGGCGCCGCAGUCACAGCAGCCGGGUGAGCUUGACUGCGGACAGCGUGUGGGCCAGGCUGACGUCCAGCAGGCUGUGGGACAGGAUAAAGGCUGAGGCAAAAGACUAUUACAAAUACGCAGUUGAGAGUGAGAAUUUAGAAGAGGUCAUAGAGAAGCACAAUCUACAGAGGAUCUCCCUACUGAGAGAGUUUGCGAUUAAAACCGGCAUUCAGGUGCAGUUAAGAGAGUACUCAUUUGAGUCCCGGCAGAAGCCAGUGUUCGUGGAGGACGAUGUGGUCAACUUGUUUCCUGUGGUCAAACAUCUCAAACCUACGUCGAGCGAUGCCACCCCGCUCCUGCACCGAGCCCGACAGGCUGCACAGGAGGGUCUUCUCAGGGACAGCCGUGACCUGAUCACCCAGGCUCUGACUCUUUACAGCCGCACAUGUGGAGUCCUGCAUGAGGAUGUGUGCGCGUGCACGCGGCUCCUGGGCCGACUCAGCUACGUCUGCCACGAUGUCGGGGAUGCGGUGAGGCAGCAGGAAAAAGCAGUGAUGAUUUCUGAGAGGAUACGAGGGAUUGAUCAUCCGCAGACCAUAGAAGACUAUAUGUACCUGGCACUAUAUUGCUUUGCUGGAGGCCAACAAUCAACAUCCUCACAGCUUUUGUAUCGAGCUCGGUACCUCACCUUGCUUGUUAGUGGAGAGGAUCAUCCACAUGUAGCACUACUGGAUACUAUGCUGGGCCUCGUACUUUAUGGACUAACAAAGUACGAGCUUUCCGUCAAGUUCCUACAGAAUGCCUUAAAUUUAACUUCAAAGUACCACGGGGUCACAUCCUUAAAACAUGCACACUGUCAUCAUCUGCUCACCGCUGUCUUUGAGGCUAAAGGAGACUUUUUUUCAGCGCUGCAACACGAGAAAGAGGCUUAUUCCAUCUAUAAGAGUCAGGUUGGUGAGAAUCACGCCAAUACAAAGGAAUGUUCAGAACACCUCAAGAGCCUCAGUCAGCGGGUCCAAAAAAUGGACUGUUUCUGCAGUGAAGCACCAAGUGCCUGUAUCCCACCUCCAGAGCUUCACACUCGGAGUCUGUCUGCUGUCCUUCAGCAGCUCAACAUGGUGUGUUGCAUUGCUUUGAACCCCACCCAGCAAAUCUGAAGACAACCCAGGAAGAAAAUAAAAGUUUUUUUGGAGGAAAAAACGACAAAGGAACCACAAAGUCUCCUCUCGACAAUUGACAAUAUAGAGGAGCUGCCAUAUUAACAGAACUGAUCUGUUUAUUCUGAAAAAAUGUUUAAGGAUAAGGUGGAGGUGAUCCACGUUAAUUUUAAUUUUGUUUUUCUAGACAAAUGGAUCAUGAAAUUAUUCCUGCCAUUGUUAUGACACCAAUUUGCUGAUUUCUGGAUUUUUUUCUCAUUAGUUUAAAAUAAAAAAAAACACAUACAAGUGAAACUUUUAUUAAAACUAACAAAUAAAUUCUGUUUAAAUG